AUGAGGAAACCUUUGUAUUGGCAUAAUGAAACCUUUGUAAUUGCAUCGCAUUCCGCAUUGGGCCAUACAAACGUCAAGUGCACUGUCGAGUCCGCAAUAAUGGAGGCCAAGCGCCGUCGCCGCGUGUUCCGCACGCUGAGUCGCAUGCAGGUCACGGGUUCCACAUCGUCCCCGCAGACGCCACAGUGGAAGCACGAGAGUCUUCAUACGGUGGCAGAUCUGCCAGCGCCUUUCGCUUCGUCCUUAGACGUCGCCGAUACGCGCGAUUAUGAGAGUCACGCCACGUUUCACGGACGUCGUCAGAGCUUCGUCGUGUUACUGCGAGAGCUCUACAAGUUGCUAGAUGGCGUAUCGCAGGACCGACGUAAGCUGCGAUUGCUACUACAGGAGUUAGUGCAGCGGCUACUGGACCCUAACGGCGUCCACGCCGAGGAGGCCGGGCCGAUUCCGAGCGAGAGUGUUGGUCGCUAUGUUGCUGCUGAGCGAGAAACGUUCCUGCGACUGGGAGGUGACGAGUGUUUGCUGCGUGUACUACACGCGCUCCGUCUAGAGGACGCUGAGAAGCAGCCAAAGCGCCGAGACGACAUUCGAACUCUAUGGGAGACGCCUGUGCCUGUGACUAUCGCGCCGGCCAAGAGCGGCACGGACGCGUCGCUGCGGAAACAUGCGCUGAACGACACUAUGGCGAUCCUCAGAGAGCUCUGCUACUUCUCGGUGAACUUGGCCGUGCAGCUCUGCGACAAAGAUGGUCUUGUGGUGUAUUUAUUCCAGCUCAUGGGCGACGUCCGGUUCUUUGACAACGCGUCUGGGCUGGUGGAGGAGAUUUUGGCUGUUAGAGAUGAGGCGUUCGACCUCACUCGCGUCCCUAAUUUCCACACAGUAAUGCAGUCUUUGUCGUCAAGGCAACUGGCAUUCUUCUGUCGAGUGCUGGCGCUUGUCGUGUUUGAGCCAGAGGACCGACGACUGCUAGAGACUGCCAAGGUGAUCAAGUCGCUGGAGCUGCUGAAAUUGCGUCGUAAUCGCAUGAUGCGUGCAGACAACAUCGUGGAUCGCAACCACGCGCUGAUUUUCAACUCGCCACUGAUCCUGCAGCGGCUGCUGCGUGUAUUACAGGUACAGAACUUCUACUUCGCGUUGAACCCAGUGUACGAGCCUUUCUCGUCGGAGCUCGCUACGUCUGCCGAAUUCGCGACUCUCCUGUACCACACAAGUGAUCGCAGUGACUGGGACACGAUUGAUCGGCUCGUGACACACCCAGCGCUCGGAUCUUCAGGAGAUCUAACGAUUCUACACAGGCAUCACCAGGCAAGAGCAGCUGCGAACUCCGCAACAGGAGAUGCUAACUCCAGCUCGUCACAUCAGCACCAGCACCCGUUCUCUGUGGAGACAGCUAUCCUUCGAGACUUGAUCUUCCGUAACCGCUCGCCAGACCAGCGCGCACGAGAAGAUGCCGAAGCGCAGGUUAUCAUGAAGUCUAUCGUGCUGGCGCCGUACCGCGUCGAGGUGCUUUUUGUACUCUGCACCUUGUUGAACGGCAAACGCAAGGUCGACUUCCAGGAACGACUGGCCGAGAUGGGACUGGUGAAGACGCUCAACCUCAUGUUUGACAAAUUCCAGUGGAACACAACGGUGACGCCCAAUCCAGCGCAUGAGCCUUUGCACGGACCUGGCUGCGACUGCAGUCUGGAUGCUUCGUUGAAGAUCCAGUUUUUGCGAUUGAUCCACAACUUUUGCGAUCGCGACUACAGUGACAAUACCAGCAAGUUGCUGUUGCUUAGUGAGCAAGAGAUCCAGUUGAUGAAUGAAGGCGGCUCCACACCUAUUAACCUCGACCACCCAGACAAGGGACUUCUAUCGAAGAUCAUCCACGCGCUGAUUGAGCAACCAGUUGACUCGAUCUAUCGAUUCUGGUUGGCCUCGUGUGUAGAAGCAUUUUUGCGACGCGCUGCUCCGAGUGAACAGCUCUUCGUAGCGCGAACACCUUUGCUGCAGGCACUGAUUACGGAAAUUCUGAGUGGAGGCGCGUACCGUUCGCAAGGUAGCUUCCAGUCGGCCUUCGACUUGUUAGGAGAGAUGACGAAGGGCAACCGAGAAACGUUGCAGCUGUUCCAUGGACUUCUGAGCAAUACGCAGUUCGCAGCUUUUAUGGAAGUGGUAAUCUUGAACCUGGUGGACUCGAAUGUGUUUAUUCGUUCGAUGCUUCUGUCCUCUGAGAAGUUUGCAAAGCAGCCGGAGAGCGGAACAUUCGGUAUGGCUGACGACUACGAGAUGGACCGCAUGAGCGAGUUCCUGACAGUGAAUCUGGUGCGACUACUUCGUGAUCUCAUGACGAUCGUAACGAUGGACGACAUCAACCACGAGAACAUUUGCUGUUUGAACACAGCCAUCGUGAUCCUCGUGUUUCAGCAUCGUCGGAAGCGACUUCCAGCGAUCCUAGAGGCUCUGCGCGACCAUGAGGACGUGUCAGGCAAACAAGGCUAUGUGUGUGAUAACUUCCGUGGUUUGCUGUGGUUCUGGAUCCAGUACUACACACCACGUGGCCGUGAUCGUCUUGGACUGGAGCAUUCUAGCGAGGUGAAGUUCGAAGAGUGGCGACAUGUUGUGUCGCUCUUGUGUGCUGACGAUGGAUCUGAGACUGCGUUGCUCUCGACGCCAGCGCGCCUUCCACCGUCGCCGUACUCACGACUGUAUGCUACCCAUCGAGAAAGGCGCUCCUAG